CGAAAGCUAGCAGUUCUAUUUUCUGGUUUAAAUAAAUAAAAUUAAACGAAUCCACUUGAGUGUUAAAUUUUUUAAUUAAUUUUUUUUUUUUGUGAGCAACAAGUAUUCAAAUUUGAGAGAAACUUUAUUGAUAUAUACCAAAUUGGUACUACUCAUUCGUGCAUUGCCUCGCCGUUCGGUUAUAGUAAAUUUUUUACUCAUGCCCUUACCACAUUUGCCAAAUCCGUUUUACUCAAUGUCUCACUCAGUCAGUCAGAACUUUGAGAAAGAGUACCAAAUGCUGCUUUGAAUGUAUUCAUGCAGACGUCUGAUACCAAUUUAUCGAGCGCGAUACACUUUUGCCCUCACGCACAUAAAAAACAAAUCCUUAAGCAAUACUCGGAAAUCGUUAGUACUUACUGACAACAUAGAAUGCUUUAACUGAACUGAUAACCCGAAAAAUACGAAGAACCCAAAAAUAUGUCAGUGCUCAAGGCGACAAUCGCGGCAUUAGUUUGCCUAUUUAUGGGUAGCAACAACAACGUAGUGGCGCGUUUACUGGAUGAAAACUGUGGAACAUCGUCGGAUGAUCCAUACGACUGGAACAUUAUUGGAGGCAGCAGAACAAAUAUACACCAGAAUCCAUGGAUGGUGUUGGUUAUGUCCAGCAAGCCAUGCGGCGGCUCUCUCAUUACUUCGCGACUCGUCCUGACAGCAGCGCACUGUGUACUCCUUGAAGAAACCUACUUUGUGCGCUUGGGUGAAUACCAAACGCUAGAUCCCCAGCCGUACUGCGUUAAUGAUCACUGUAUACCAAGGUUCUACAACAUUAGUGCGGAUAUAAAAAAAAUUCACAAGGAAUUUAAUAAAACCACCCACAAGAAUGAUAUAGCGUUGCUUCGAAUGUCCCAAGCUGUGGAGUACUCAGAUUAUGUGAGGCCGAUUUGUCUCCUUGUCAAUGAGCAACUGGAAGACACUCCAACCUACAAUGCUAUCGGCUGGGGUGGGACAGAACAUGGUCAAUCGAGCCGGAUCCUGCUAAAAACCACUGUGUAUUACAUGAAUGUUUUAUAUUGUAACAAAAAGUACCAGAAACAAGCUGAUCAAUCGCAGAUAUGUGCUGGCAGUCAAACCAGUAACACUUGUCAAGGGGAUUCUGGUGGCCCCUUGAGCUACGAAUUGCAAUAUGGCAAUAAGGCCCUGACUUUCCAGUACGGGCUGGUCAGCUAUGGAUCCCAAAUAUGCCACGUUAAUACGCCAGCUGUUUACACCAAUGUAUCGCAUCACAUGAAUUGGAUAAUAGAUAUGAUGGCAGAACUUGAGUCUAGGGAUACUGAUAACUUACUUAUGUACUUCAAUGGUUUUACAGUAUUCAAGUGGCCAAAAAAUGUCCAAAAUCUAUAUUAUGAGUCUAGAUACUAGGUUAUUUUAUAAUCUUGCUCUAUCUGAAAAUAUACGUUAUCACAUAAAAUCCAUUGUACAAACUUUGAACAUA